AAUUGUAAAAGCUAUCCCGAUUUUUAUGAAAUAUUUCUGGAAUAUUCCUGGAAGGUUUAUAUACAACAACUGGAUAAACACUACUAAUCAACACUUGGAAGCACUAAACCCUUAAAUCGACAGAGCAUUUUUUAGCAGAUGGAGAAGGCUUUGAGUUGGGAGAUAAACAACUUUUCCGAAAAGAAUAGUGCGAUGAAGUCAGAUCGUUUCUCAAGCGGCGGCUGCGAAUGGUAUCUUUGUGUUUAUCCGGAGGGAAAAAUUGUGGAUGAUCACUUGUCUCUCUCCCUAAGCGUUGUGAAUCCUCGAACACUGCUACCUGGAUGGAGAAGACAAGCUAGUUUUUGUUUUGUUUUGUUGAAUCAAUCUGGCAAAGUUCUACAUACAACAGUUGAAAAAAGCAGAUUGUUCUGUGCUGAGACUCCAAGCUGGGGUAUUAUCAAUGUGUUGACUCUUACCAAGCUUCAACAAGCUGAUGGGUUUAUGGAGAACAACAAACUAACCAUUGAAGUCGACAUUAAAGUAACUAAAGUUGUUUAUGAAGGAAAAUCAACAGAGAAUGAGAUUGUAGUUGUUCACGGUUUCCAUGUUCUUAAUAGUCAGGCUGUUUCAGUAUGCAACAUGUUUGUGAAGCACCCAGACGUUGCGGUAGAUAUUAGAUCAGAAAUCAGAGAGGUGAAGACAGCAUACAUGAAUAUUCUCCUUGGUCUAGUCCAGACACUAGACAAGCCUCCUCAGAGCUUGUCGGAGACUGAGCUAAGCAACGCAGGCAGCGAGUUGAGCGAGCUAACUGAUGCUGGCUUUAAGCUGGAUUGGUUGAAGUCAAAGCUUGAGGAAGUUUCCUUGAAGAGGAAGGAACCAUCUUCUGCACUCAAAAUUGAACCGGAGAAGGAGAAUAACAAAUCUGCUACAGCUGCUGCUCCUCCAAGAGUUUCUCCAUUUGAGUGCAUACGCAUUUUGAUAAAGAAAUUCUUUUUGGCUUGCUUCUAAAAACACUAAAUGUGUUUUUCUAGUGAAAGUUUGGUGAGUGUUUAUUUUUUUGUUUUAGUUUUUUUUUGUCUUCCUUUGUAUCUCAAACAAGUUUGCUUGAUAGUUUUUCUUAAUCAUU